ACUUAACCUAACAUUUUUGUAAACAUGGUUUCCGAAGAAAAUGUGCAAAUAAAGAAAAAUAAAAAGGGUAAAAAGUCGAAAAUCAUCUCGUUUGAUGAGGAAACUGUAACAAAAGAUGUCGCAGAUAAAUUAUUGAAAAGUGAGGCCAAAAAACAGAAGAAAGUUGCCAAAAAACUGAAAAAAUUAAAUAUUAGUGAAGAAGUUGUUGAAAAUCACGAAGAGCAUACUAAAAAAGCGCCUAAAAUUGUUAAACCUAGUGGUCAAAAGAAGCCCAAACGAAAGAACGAAGAAAAUAAUAGUGAAAAAGUAAUUAUACCUAAAAAGAAGAAGAAAAAGGACAAAAUCGCUAAAUCUGAAACACAAGAAAAUGAAGAUGAUGAAGAUUUAGAUGAAACAAAUGAAAAUGACCAAGAUAAACCUGAAGUAGAAAAACCUGACUCGAUUCGUGCACAAAAACGUAAAAAACAUGAACAACUACUAAAAGAGAAAAAACUUAAACACGAACUGGAUAUGCAACAAAAAUCCCUUAAUUACCUUUCCAAAUGGAAACACAGUAAGUCCGAAUGGAAAUUUGAGAAACUAAAACAAAUUUGGUUGCAACAAAACAUGUUUGAUACUGCUAAAGUACCCGAUGAAUUUUGGAACACAUUAUUAGAGUAUUUAUCAGGAUCCAAAGGACAAGUCAGGAAAGUGAUGAUUAAAGCAGCACUUGAAAUAAUUGAAAAAAAGGAACCCAAACAAAAUGAUGACAAGGAGGGUGAGGAAGAAACUGAAGAAAGUGAGACUAAAAUAGAUGACCAGAAAAUUGUUAAAAGAGCUAGAGAUAUUAUACAAAACUUGGAGGAAUAGUUGUUUAUGUUAAAUAAAUAAGUUAAAAC